GCUAGCUAACGUUUGGUACUAGUCUAAGGCAAUGCCUUUGUCUUUUUCAUUAGCAGGGCUAGGGAUAGCUGGUUAGAAUGAAUGACACAGCGGUUAGCUAGCUGUUGUAGCACUGUUUUCACAUUAAUGUUGAUAAGUUUAUUUGUGAUAUAGUUACAGGCUAACAGAAAUAUAAUGUACUGUUGGCUAACGUUAAAUCAGGCAGUCUGGUCGCUCAUUUAAGCAUAGACUAGAUAUUGGACGUAGUCGUCCGUCGGUUAGCUACAUCUUUUGUUUUGCACCCAGCCGGCUUGUUCGUUACAAUAGCAAGUGAAUUUAGCUAGCUAACAGCCGUAUAUCAAACUGGAAUUAUAGCUAUCUGACUGCGCAUAUUUUCUUGGGGGCAGAAGAACGAUGAGACACCAGUAAUAAUUAUAGCUAUCACGUUCACUGUUAACGUUACAGCUUUGAGGGUCUAGUUAAGUUGUAUGGUUAUAUUCUGGUAUCAAAGGGCAAGUUAGCCCAGUGGAGUAACGUUAGACACGACACGCAUCCAUACAUUUAAACCUUUGCCUGUGAUGUUGCCUUGAAUCUUGUGUUGGUAGCUCCAUUUAGGUCUUUGUGUUACUUUUGUUAACGUUAGCUUCGUUAAUAUUCAUUUGUCAGCCGCCGACUAGCUAGGUUGGCUAACGCAACUAGCUAGCUGUAUAGGGACGAAACAUUUUUGUACCAUCUGUUGCUAUUAUGGCCUGCAAUUUUGGCUCAAAUGGGAUUUUGUUAUGGAAAUUUUUGCACUGUGUCGUCAUCUUCUCUUUUAUUGGAAAUGCAGUUUGUGCCCAGCAUAACGAAAAUGUGUACGUGUCAGGGAUGUCGAACGCUUGCGGCGACAUGGCCGAGCAGAUCAGGGCUUCGAGCGGGGUCAUCACCAGCCCCGGCUGGCCGUUCGAGUACCCCUCCCGAAUCAACUGCAGCUGGAACAUCAGGGCCAGUCCUGGAGAAAUCAUCACCAUUAGCUUUCAGGAUUUCGAGAUCCAGACGUCUCACAGGUGCGGCUCGGACUGGAUCUCCAUCGGCACGUACAAGAACCUGGACGGCUACCGGGCCUGCGGCUCCUCCAUCCCGGCCCCGUACAUCUCCUCACAGGACCACGUCUGGAUCAAGUUCCACUCCGACGACAGCCUGACCGGCAAGGGCUUCAGGCUGUCUUACAUAACGGGGAAGUCGGAGGAGAUCAGCUGCGACUCGGACCAGUUCCACUGCGCCAACGGGAAGUGCAUCCCGGAGAGCUGGAAGUGCAACACCAUGGACGAGUGCGGCGACAGCUCGGACGAGGAGCUGUGCGCUCGGCCCGACCCCUCGGCCUCCUUCUCCUUCCAGCCCUGCGCCUACAACCAGUUCCCCUGCCUGUCCCGCUACACCCGCGUCUACACCUGCCUCCCGGAGUCGCUCAAGUGCGACGGCAGCAUCGACUGCCAGGACCUGGGCGACGAGAUCGACUGCGACGCGGCCGCCUGCGGCGAGCGCCUCCGCACCUUCUACGGCACCUUCAGCUCGCCCAACUACCCCGACUUCUACCCGCCGGGCAGCAACUGCACCUGGCUCAUCGACACGGGCGACCACCGCAGGGUGGUGCUGCGCUUCACCGACUUCAAGCUGGACGGCACGGGCUACGGCGACUACGUCAAGGUGUACGACGGGCUGGAGGAGAACCCGCGGCGGCUGCUCCGCGUGCUGACGGCCUUCGACUCCCGGGCGCCCGUCGCCAUGGUGUCGUCCUCGGGCCAGCUCCGCGUCCACUUCUACGCCGACAAGGUGAACGCGGCGCGCGGCUUCAACGCCACCUACCAGGUGGACGGCUUCUGCCUGCCGUGGGAGAUCCCGUGCGGCGGGAACUGGGGCUGCUACACCGAGCCGCAGCGCUGCGACGGCUACUGGCACUGCCCCAACGGGCGCGACGAGGCCAACUGCAGCGCCUGCCAGGCCGACGAGUUCCCCUGCUCGCGCGGCGGCGCCUGCUACCCGCGCUCGGACCGCUGCAACUACCAGAACCGCUGCCCCAACGGCUCGGACGAGAAGAACUGCUUCUUCUGCCAGCCGGGCAACUUCCACUGCCGCAACAACCGCUGCGUUUUCGAGAGCUGGGUGUGCGACGCGCAGGACGACUGCGGCGACGGCAGCGACGAGGAGAGCUGCCCCGUGGUGGUGCCCACGCGCGUCAUCACCGCCGCCGUCAUCGGCAGCCUCAUCUGCGGCCUGCUGCUCGUCAUCGCCCUGGGCUGCACCUGCAAGCUCUACUCCCUCAGGAUGUUCGAGCGCAGGUCAUUUGAGACCCAGCUGUCCAGAGUGGAGGCGGAGCUUCUCAGGAGGGAGGCUCCGCCCUCGUACGGUCAGCUGAUCGCCCAGGGCCUGAUCCCCCCCGUGGAAGACUUCCCGGUGUGCUCGGGCAACCAGGCGUCUGUUCUGGAGAACCUGCGGCUGGCGGUGCGGUCCCAGCUGGGCUUCACCUCCAUCAGGCUGCCCACCUCCGGGAGGCGGAGCAACAUCUGGAGGCGUCUCUUCAACUUCACGCGCUCGCGGCGCUCGGGCUCGCUGGCGCUGGUGUCCGCCGACGCCGAGGAGGGGGCCAGCGGCGCGCCGCGGGAGCCCGACCGGACCGGCGCCCACCGGGGCCUGCUGCCCGUCGACUCGGACGACACGGACACCGAGAGCGAGCGCCGCGACGCCCCGGGGGCCGUGGGGGGCCUGGCCGCCCCCCUCCCCCAAAAGACCCCCCCGGCCUCGGCCGUGGAGGCCGUCGUCUCGGUGUCGGCGUCGGCCGGCUCCGCCCAGCCCGCGGGAGGGGACGGCGGCUCUGCGCCGGCGGCCGAGGCCCGUGGAGAGGGCGGGGCCGCUGAGCCCCCGGCCCCUGCCCCCGCUCCGGACCCCACCCCUGGGAGGAGCCAGCUGACCAGCGCCCUGAGCCGGGUGACCCGCAGCCUGCGCUGGGUCCGCCUCUCCCUGGGCCGGGCGGGAGGCUCCGCCCCCUGCCACAGCCCCCUGCGGCACCUGGACCACUCUGGCGGCGGCGGCGGCAGGGACGAGGAGGACGACGUGGAGCUGCUGAUCCCCGUGUCCGACUCCGCCCCCGACAGUGACGCUGAGAGCUCCAGGCCCCUGCUGGAGAACGUCCCCGCCCCCGGCCCUGGCCCCGCCCCCAGCCCCGCCCUCCCCCCGCCCGGCAGCAGGGCCAGGCUGGCCUUCCGGGACGGGCCCUGUGAACACUGUGGCAUGGUCCACACCGCCCAGGUGCCCGACGCCUGCCUGGAGGCCAUCGCCAAAACGGAGACCAGCGACGACGAGGCACUGCUGCUCUGUUAGGCACACGUUCAUCCGGAGUCCCUGUGCCCCCUGCAGACUCUCUCCAUUCCGCUCCCCUCCUCUCCCCUCCACCAGAGACAGAGUAUGUGGAAAAAUACCCAAGGUGUUACGAAAAGGGUCUAUUGUGAGUAGGUCUCACGUUUCAUUGCGGUACAUGCACUACAAGUCGGUACGUACACAGAAGUCAGUACAUACAUUUCAGUGCGGUACGUGGACUACAAGUUGGUACAUGCACAAGUCAGUACAUACACUACAGCCUGGUACGAGCACUACAAGUCGGUACGAGUGCACCUUCACCACAGCAGCAUUUCCAGUCCUCAUUUUUCUGAUUCUUCUGAGACGUUAGUUUCAAACCGAGUUCAUCGCGUUCUAGCCUAGAAGAAGUGAAAUGGGACCUUAAUAUAAAUGUACCCGUGACGCCUGCAGUAUGUACAUAGCAGUGUUCAGCUGCUGUACAGGGUGAGAACAGGCCGCAGUCGUUGGGGCUGCAGCUGCUUCUCACAGCGUACGAGAGCGGAGCCAAAAACAGAAACGGUGAAGGUUUGAAUUAACCUUUGACCUAUUUAAAAAAACAAAAAAAAACUGCUUGCGUUCAGUCAUUUCAGUUCUUCGUUAUUGAUCCUGUACCUUUCACGCCAUUUGUUCUUGUUCAUUUUCUGUUCUUUGUUUUUUUUUUCUUCCUCUUCUUCCUCGUUAAUAUUGAAUUGGGGUUCUUAAAUGGGAAUGCACUAAUUAACGCUGGCUUACUGUGUUGUGGUGGCACAUUCUUGUUAGUCCAAGGAAAAGCUGUUCCUUGUUUUCUAGAAUGGUGCUUGGCUACUUUCUCAAGGAGCCUUGAGAGACAGCUGUUAAUUUGCUCACGGAAAAUGAAUCAUUUAAAAAAUAUUUGGGUCUGGAAAACUUUACCAUGUGUAACAUCCUCCAAUGUUUAUUGUAUUUAUUGUUUUAAUACUGUUUUGGUAACCUCAUUGUUUUGGUACCGAGGAUAUGUGUGUGAGUGUAUAUUUAUUGUUAAUUUUAAUUUCGGUAGUUAUUUGAAAAGCAUGUUAAAAUGCCUUGUGCUCUCUUCUUUUUGUUAAGUGGUAUGACAUUGGAAAAAAUAUAUUAAAAAAUAACUGUUUACUGCACAGAUAAUGAAAAUAAAGGCAUAUGUUCUGCUAAUUUAU